GUAAGGAGUCCAACCUGGAAAUCUCGUUCAGACUACGACCUCGUGAUCUCUUACUACAACGAAGACCUAGAAACGAUUCAGAAUACGAUCGAGCAAGUCAAAAAGCGGUUACCAAGCCAGACGACAUCGAGGACGAUCGUCUAUGCAAAGGGACCAAAUUCGGCUAGUCGCGCGGCAAUGUCUGAAUUUCUCCAGAAAAUUGACGCAGACGAGAUCGUGGCUUUGAAGACCGUCGGCAGAGAAGGGGAAACGUAUUUGCAACAUAUCGUCCGGCACUAUUCCUCUACAGAUUCACCCCUGGCCACGCACACGAUAUUCCUGCAACCUCACAUCCCUUGGCCCGGCACUGCUUUCCCGCGGCUGGAAUCGAUGACCGCGAAUACUGGCUUCAUGUCCCUCAGUACAUACGUGAACGCGAGCUGUCCUGCCGACGGUAGCGAGAUCGACGUCCUAGACCAGGUACAUCCACGCAUAGCCCAGAUAUACUCUAGCUUUCAACAGGAUUUGUGUCCAUCGACGGGUUUCACGAUCACGUGGUUUGGGCAGUUCGUGGCUUCGCGACAGCGUAUCCACCGAAAUCCGCUGAAAGCGUACCAAAACUUGCUGGACUACUUUGACGUACCCGUCGGCGAGGGAAAUGAGAAGGAGUGGAUCUGGGACGAAGGGUGGUGGAACAACUCGCCGGAUAAUCCGACGUUAGGUCAUGCGCUCGAGCGAUCUUGGCCGGCCGUUUUCGGCUGUUCCGAUCUGAAGCUAGCACUCGAAUGCAAAGACGAAUCGGGCUCACAUUGUAUGUGUAUGGAUUGAUA